UGAUGGGACUUGCAGUCCGCGGGGCGCGCUGGCGGGCGCCUGGUGCGCUGGCGGGCGCCUGGUGCCGGCCCCGAACCACAGCUUCCGACAGGCUGCGCGGCCGGCCCCCGAGCCCCGCCCAGCCCGCGGAGAGGCCCCCGAGCUUAUGGCUGCGCUCCCGGCCUCAGCCGACGCACCCCGCCCGGUGCCGCCGCCCCUAGCGGCUGGAGACGGGCCAGACCGGCUGGAGGGGAAGAACGAGGACCGGUAGGCGCGGCGCGCCCCUCGCGUCUCGUGGUGGGGGCGGCUCCGGGAGCCGAGCCUGGACCAGCGGAGGGUCCCCGGGGCCUGGCGGUGGCGGGCCCUCGCGGACGGCCGCGGGAAGGGGCCCGUGGGCAGGGCCCGCGUGGGGCCUCGGUCUGUCCCGAGCAGACGGGGCGCCGGGCCAGCGAGCACCCGGGCUGGACUGUGCGCCCGCCGGAUGUUCCUAGAUGGUCAGUUCGUUCCGGGAGCCGCACGGGCUCGGCCUGCCCCACUCGAGGCCGGAGGUCGUGAUGCUGGGCGGCGCGGUGCUCAGUGCCUUCCGACUGCCGGCCAGGCUCCGGGGGAGGGGACCCUGGAGGCUCUGGGGGCUUUGCAGGAGGGGAGGUGGUGGGGGCCGCUGUCACUUGGUUGGGGGGGCGGCUUCCGCUGUCAGCCUCGGGCCAGGCCCCAGGGGGUGACGGCUAAGCGGCGCUCGGGCGAGGGCUGGCUCCUCACUUCUGGAUCUGAACCGUCCCUGGGCUAGGGCCACCGCUGGCCCCAGGUUGGGGCCAAAGGAAACUUUUCCAGCCAGGUACCUGUUCCUGGGAAGUGCCGUGGUCUGGACUGCUUGGGACUGUCUGGGUGCUGCCAGCAGAGCCGCUGGGCAGGCGGGGAGACGGGUCUCAGGGGUGAGCUGCCGGCAGGAAGAGGCUCCCUGGGCCUGGAGGAGCAUCUUGUGUUCCUCUAGGCUCACCCCCUCCUGGGGAGCAGUGACUCCGAGCCUGGCUCAGGGUGAUAAGGUGGAAGAGGGAGGAUCUGAGUCUGUGACACCUGUUAGUUCCAGAGAAUCUGAUGUAGCCUGAGACCACAUAAGCUCUUGAGAAGAACACUUCCUGCAGACACAGAACGGUGGCAGCAGCCGUCUGGCUCUGCCCCGUGCACAGAGCGCGUAGUGGGCAUGGGUGCCCCUCACGGGGCCGGGGCGGCAGUGGUCUUUCUCUCCUCGGAGCGUGGUCCUCAGGGGACAAGAGGGGAGCCAGGGCCCAUGGGGUGGCCCUGGAGCUGCCUCUGGAUGUCACGGGGAAAUCGCUCCCGUUACACCCUGCCUUCUCUGCGAUGUUCCUCAAGCACGUGCCCUCCCCCUCCGUCCCUGCAUGGCCUGAGGGGGCCAGAGCUGGCUCUGGUCAGUGUCCGGGUGUCUGUGCAGAUGUCUCCAAACCGAGGCUCUCCCCGCCUGACCACGGCUCCGGCUUCGCCUUCCGCAUCAUCGUGGCUGCACGAUGUGGUCGGUGUACCUUGCCGUGGCUUCUUGUGUGCCUGUCCCUCCGGAAGGUCAGUCUGGUGAGGACGGGGACCUCGGCCUACCUUUGUACUGGACAUGCUGGUGGACAAGUGAGCACCUCGCAGUGGUGACAGGGUACCCUCGGGCUGUCCCUUGGUGAGGUCCAGGUGGGCACGGGUCUGGGGGCUGCCGCUGGGCGCCUGGAAGGAAGCUGGCUGGACUCGCCUAGAGCAGCGGGAAGGAGGGGGUCCCAUAGGGGGAUUUCCAAUGGGGGGUGGGGACAGUGCAAGUUCCUGGAGCCUGUUGCACCCCUUUAGGGCUGCAGCCCCCCCAGCCCCCCAGUUCUCUCCCUGCUCUGAGAAAGCUGCCCUGAUUUCCCUGUCCCUGAGCCAGUCUGGGACCGCCCCGCCUCCCCAGGCCAGGCCCCAGUGGGCCAGCUCCUCCCUCCUGCUUCUGGCUUCAUUUGACUCACUCCCCUGGGAAACUUUCCUAAAGCAGGACAGGGCAUCAGGGCUCCUCAGCCCCGAGCCUGAGUGCGGUGGGCAGGGCGGGAGCAGGAGGGAGCAGCUACCGUGGGGCAGGCCUGUUACCCUGAGGCAGCGCCCGGGAGGGGCCCCCUUCAGUGUGCGGACCCCAAGUGAAAUUCUUUCUCCUCUGAGCCCCUGCCAGCCGUCUCCACGUUGAUGUUGUCGGAAGCCGACUAGGAAAGCUGGUGUAUGGGCUGGAUUAAUCACAGGGAGGGGGCCAGGGACCUGGGACAGGAGUGAAUACUGCAGCCGCCCACCCGAGGGCCUGCUCUUCCUCCUGCUGCCAGACUGGGGCACGGCUGUGUCCCCAGCUGAGCAGUGAGCGCGGGUGGCCUUGGGGGACGUGCUGGAGCCGUCGUGGAAGGGGUGGGGCGGGCAGUUAUUCUCGGAGGAGGCCUCAGCCGGCUAGAGUUUCAGGUUGUUUAUGCCUCUCGGAGGCACCUGGGGGCAGGGGUGCCCAGCUCAGCGCCGCUCCUCGCUGACGGCUUGGCCGGCCGAGAGACACCUCCGAUGUCCCUGUCCCGCUCGGGGGGGUGCGGGGGUGGGCCCUGCAGUCCCCGGCAGACCAAGGGUCUGGAGCUUUCUCCAGGCUCUUCUGGAGGAGGGGGCACAGUGGUCCUCAGCCAGCCCUGGGUGGGCAGCGUGCCAGCCUGAGCACAGGAGGGGCAGUUCACACCCGAUGCUGGCCUGAGGUCCGCCUGGCUGUCUUCGGCAGGUCAGUGCUAUUAAUAUCAGGCCAGCGCACGGCCCCCAGCCGGGUGAUCCUCUUAUGCCGGUAGCCUCGGCCUCGGAGGCCAGCGGUGAGUGCUGUUGCUUCAGCACGGGCUCCCGGGGCCUCUCACCUGCUGGCCCCCCGCCUCCCAGGGGACAGCCUCUGCCAGCCAGGGCUUGGACCCCACUUGGGCUCCUCACCUGCUGUGCUGCCCACCCGUGGAGGAGCAGUUCCGGGGGCUGCUGAGCUGUGCUGGGGGGCUGCCGGGGGUCUGAGGCGGCGCGAUGAUGGCCUGCACACACCUGGGAUCACCCUGCCGUCCCGGUUUCCCCUGUGUCCUGGCCAUGAGCAGCCCCCCGGCUUACCCUGGCAUCAGGGUCUCGGGGUGCUGGACCCUUGGCGCAGAAGGCAGCAGCAGCAGCAGCAGCAACGCGGAGUCCUUGGACAGGCUUCUCCCACCCGUGGGCGCCGGGCGCUCGCCCCGGAAGCGCACCACCAGCCAGUGCAAGUCUGAGCCGCCCCUGCUGCGCACCAGCAAGCGCACCAUCUACACGGCGGGGCGGCCGCCCUGGUACAACGAGCACGGCACCCAGUCCAAGGAGGCCUUCGCCAUUGGCCUGGGAGGCGGCAGUGCUUCUGGGAAGACCACUGUGGCCAGAAUGAUCAUCGAGGCCCUGGACGUGCCCUGGGUGGUCUUGCUGUCCAUGGAUUCCUUCUACAAGGUGCUCACCAGGCAGCAGCAGGAACAGGCCGCCCACAACAACUUCAACUUCGACCACCCAGAUGCCUUUGACUUCGACCUCAUCAUCUCUACCCUCAAAAAGCUGAAGCAGGGCAAGAGUGUCAAGGUGCCCAUCUACGACUUCACCACCCACAGCCGGAAGAAGGACUGGAAAACGCUCUACGGUGCAAACGUCAUCAUUUUCGAGGGCAUCAUGGCCUUUGCUGACAAGACACUGCUAGAGCUCCUGGACAUGAAAAUCUUCGUGGACACGGACUCUGACAUCCGCCUCGUGCGGCGGCUGCGCCGUGACAUCAGCGAGCGGGGCCGGGACAUCGAGGGUGUCAUCAAGCAGUACAACAAGUUUGUGAAGCCCGCCUUCGAUCAGUACAUCCAGCCCACCAUGCGCGUGGCAGACAUUGUGGUGCCCCGGGGGAGCGGGAACACAGUGGCCAUCGACCUGAUCGUGCAGCACGUGCACAGCCAGCUGGAAGAGAGGAAGCUGCGCUGGGAUCUGGCCGCGCUGGCCUCAGCGCACCAGUGCCACCCCCUGCCCCGGACGCUGAGUGUCCUCAAGAGCACGCCGCAGGUGCGGGGCAUGCACACCAUCAUCAGGGACCGGGAGACCAGCCGCGACGAGUUCAUCUUCUACUCUAAGAGGCUGAUGCGGCUGCUCAUCGAGCACGCGCUCUCCUUCCUGCCCUUCCAGGACUGCGUCGUGCAGACCCCGCAGGGCCAGGACUACUCGGGCAAGUGCUACGCGGGGAAGCAGAUCACAGGCGUGUCCAUCCUGCGGGCCGGUGAGACCAUGGAGCCGGCGCUGCGGGCCGUGUGCAAGGACGUGCGCAUCGGCACCAUCCUCAUCCAGACCAACCAGUUCACCGGGGAGCCCGAGCUCCACUACCUGCGGCUCCCCAAGGACAUCAGUGACGACCACGUGAUCCUGAUGGACUGCACAGUGUCCACUGGCGCGGCGGCCAUGAUGGCGGUGCGGGUGCUGCUGGACCACGACGUGCCCGAGGACAAGAUCUUCCUGCUGUCGCUGCUCAUGGCGGAGAUGGGCGUCCACUCGGUGGCCUAUGCCUUCCCGCGCGUGAGAAUCAUCACCACGGCGGUGGACAAGCGCAUCAACGACCUCUUCCGCAUCAUCCCCGGCAUAGGGAACUUCGGCGACCGCUACUUCGGGACCGACGCCGUCCCGGAUGGCAGCGAUGAGGAGGAAGGGGGCUCUGCGGGGUAGCCGCCCACCCCGCCCCCAACCCCUCCUGCUUCCCCGGGGCUUACAGAGUAGAGAUGCUAACUUAUUUGAAUUAAAAAACGUGUUACCGGUGUACCUUGUCUAAAUAUUUUGUAAAAUAAAACUUGAAAAUGAA